AGUCAAAACAAUGCGGUUGUUUAAUAGGUUAUUUUACGACAAUUUGUUUUUGCCGUAAAUUAUAAAUAUCUUAAAAGUAAAUAAUACUCCGGAAGGUAACAUGGCUCUUCCGCAAAAGAAGUAUUACAGACAACGGGCGCAUUCUAAUCCAAUAGCUGACCAUUGUUUUGAUUACCCUGCCCACCCUGACGACUAUGAUUGGACUAUUCUGUACCCCGAAAUUAAGAACGUGGAAGGUGAAAAGGUAGAAUUCUUAGAUGUAGGUUGUGGCUAUGGGGGCCUUUUGGUUACUCUAUCACCCAUGUUCCCAAAGAAUUUAAUGCUUGGAUUGGAGAUCAGAGUUAAAGUUUCAGAUUAUGUGAAUGAUAGAAUUAAAGCAUUGAGAAUACAGCAUCCUAAUCAGUAUCAGAAUGUGGCUGUAUUGAGAACAAAUGCUAUGAAGUAUCUUCCCAAUUUCUUUCAUAAAGGACAGCUUAAAAAGAUGUUCUUUUUAUACCCAGAUCCUCAUUUCAAGAAAGCCAAACAUAAGUGGAGGAUAAUUAACAAAUGGUUGUUAUCUGAAUAUGCAUAUGUGUUAGCAGAACAGGGUAUUGUGUAUACUAUAACAGAUGUAAAAGAUUUACAUGAAUGGAUGGUGUCACACUUUGAAGAGCAUCCAUUAUUUGAAAGAGUUUCUGAGGGUGAUUUGAAAACUGAUCCUAUUGUGGAGAAAUUAUAUGAAAGUACAGAAGAGGGCCAAAAAGUCACCCGAAACAAUGGAGAUAAAUACUUAGCUGUAUUUAGAAGAAUUGCAGAUAAUUUUAAAUAAAACAAAUUAUUGAAUAUAAAAUAGUAUUAUUAAAAAUUCAUUUGUUUCUUAUUACAUUAUAAGAGCUUACUAAUUAAAAUUACAAGUAAAAAUGUGGCCACAUGUUUAACAGAUUAUAAUAUAAAUGCUGAAUUAUUAUUUUAAAAAUGGUAUAAAUUACUUAA